AUGGUCCCAAAUGAAGCCCAACAGUACAUGGGUGUGGUGCGGCUACUUCAGCAUUUCAGAUGGACGUGGAUUGGGCUCUUUGCAGUGGAUGAUGACAAAGGGAACAGGUUUUUACAGACAAUGGUGCCGACACUUUUCCAGAAUGGCAUUUGCUAUGCAUUUAUAGCCAGAAUACCAAAAUGGGAUUAUGUGGAUAAAAUGAUAGACAUGAUAAUACAGCAGUGGGAACAUUAUGAAAUCCUUUUUGUGAGCAAAGCCAAUGUGUUUUUUGUAUAUGGAGAACCUCCAUCCUUUCAAGUUUUGAAUGUCUUACUGUUUCUAGUACCCUUCUUGUCAGUGAACCCUCUAGGUAAAGUGUGGAUUGUUACAUCUCACUGGGAUUUUGAAACAGUAACUGUUCAUAAGGCUUGGGAUACACAAACCUUCCAUGGUUCCAUCUCCUUCACUGUUCACUCAAAUCAGCCAUUAGGAUUCCAAACAUUUCUCCAGAUGAUAAGACCUUCCUGGGCCAAAGGAGAUGGUUUCAUCAAGGACUUCUGGGAACAGACAUUCAACUGCUCACUAAAAAUGCCUACUGUGAUGGAGAAGACCAAGAAAACCUGCACUGGAGAGGAGAAGCUGGACACCCUUCCUGGAACUUGGUUUGAAAUGAAGAUGACCGGCCACAGCUACAAUGUCUACAACGCUGUCUAUGCUGUGGCACAUGCUUUGCGUGCCCUAUACGAUUCCAGUUCCAAAUGCAGAAGUUUGGUAGAAAGAGAGAGUCUGGAUAUUCAGAAUGUGCAACCGUGGCAGCUCCAUCACUUUCUAAGCAGCACCUUGUUCAAUAACAGUGCUGGAGACACUGUGCGCUUUGAUGCCAAUGGAGCAUUAGUUACAGACUUUGAUGUUACAAACUGGUUGAUGUUCCCCAAUGGCUCAGUGGUUAGAGUAAAAGUUGGAAGAUUGGAUCCCCAGGCUUCUCCCAACAAAAGGUUAACCAUUAAUGAUGACCGAAUUGUCUGGCAUAAAAGUUUUAAUCAGGUGCUGCCCCUUUCUGUGUGCAAUGACAACUGCUAUCCUGGCUACAGCAAGAAAAAGAGGGAAGGAGAGAAAUUUUGCUGCUAUGACUGUAGUCCAUGUCCAGAAGGGAUGAUCUCUCACCAGAAGAACAUGGAUGCCUGCAUCAGAUGUCCAGAAGAUCAGUAUCCAAACAAGGACCAAAUUCAAUGCAUUGCCAAGGUUCUAAGCUACCUUUCUUAUGAAGAAUCAUUAGGCUUCAUCUUGGCUAUCUUGGCUCUUUCUUUCUCUUUGAUCACAACUUUGGUGCUUGGAACUUUUUUGAAGCACAAAGACACUCCCAUAGUCAAAGCCAACAACAGGAGCUUCACCUACAUCCUCCUCAGCUCUCUCUUUCUUUGCUUCCUCUGCACCUUGCUGUUCAUUGGACAACCUGGAAAGUUGGUCUGCCUUCUCCGACAAAUGUUUUUUGGCAUUGUCUUCUCUGUGGCGCUUUCCAGCAUUUUGGCCAAAACUGUCAUUGUGAUUGGUGCAUUCAUGGCCACCAAGCCAGGCUCCAAGUUGAGGAAAAGGAUGGGGAAAGGACUGGCCAAUUCCAUUUUAUUGUCUGGCUCCUUGAUUCAAGCAGGCAUUUGUGCAGUUUGGCUAUGUACAUCUCCUCCAUUCCCAGAUGUGGACAUGCACUCAUUGAAUGGGAAAAUCAUACUGGAAUGUAAUGAGGGCUCUGCUUUCAUGUUUUAUUUUGUGUUGAGCUAUCUGGGCUCCCUGGCUAUUGUCAGUUUCAUGGUGGCUUUCUUAGCCAGGAAGUUACCCGACAGUUUCAAUGAGGCCAAAUUCAUCACUUUCAGCAUGUUGGUCUUUUGCAGUGUUUGGUUAUCCUUUGUUCCAUCCUACCUGAGCUCCAAAGGAAAAUAUGUGGUGGCUGUGGAGAUCUUUGCCAUCUUGUCCUCCAGUGCUGGAUUACUGGGUUUCAUCUUUUUCCCUAAAUGGUUCAUUAUUGUUUUUAGGCCUGAGCUGAACAACAGGGAUCACCUCAUCAGAAGGAAAAAAUGA